AUGAACCCAAAUGAAAAAUAUUUGGGUACUCCACUGCUCAUUGGCAAGAAUAAACAACAAUGCUUCACUCAUUUACAAGAGAAAGUCAAGAAUAGGCUCUCUAUUUGGGGAGGGAGUACUUUGUCUCAAUGUGGAAAGUCUCAAAUGAUUAAAACUGUCACUAACACCAUUCCUACUUAUACAAUGAGAUGCCUACAGAUUCAUGUGGAAGUCGUUAACAAUAUUAAUGCUUUGCAAAGGGACUUUUGGUGGGGUUUUGAUGAGAAGAAGGGUACUUAUAGUAUUUCAUGGAAGUAUCUUAAAAGACAUAAGGAUAUUGGUGGACAAGGUUUCAGAGAUUUGAGAAUUCUAAAUCAAGCUCUACUUAUUAGAGCAGCUUGGAGAAUUUGCACAAACUCAGAUGCUUUAUGGGUUAAGUGCAUGUCUGCAAAAUAUUUUCCUUAUACAAGUAUGCUACAUGCUAGUAAAAAGAAUGUCUGUUCUUGGGCUUGGAAGGGGGUGCAGAAGAAUAUAGAGUUCAUAAAACAACACAAUUGUUGGAGAUUUGGUUCAGGAGAUCAUAUAAAGAUAUGGAUUGAUGUUUGGAUUAUUGGGAUGGAUUCCCCACCCAUUCCAAAGCAAGAAGUUGUGGAUAGUGAAAAUUUUGUGUGGGUUAAGGAUUUAUUCAUGCCAAAUGCUAGGCAGUGA